AAGCCGGGCAGAUGACGUGCAGGCGGCUCACAGCGGGCGGCCUGUAGUGGGUCCGAGGCCCGUUGGCCUGCUCAGUGAGGGCGGGCAUCUCCACAGCUCCGGGCUGCCUGAGCCCUGCGGUGGGACGCGGGCGGGCAGGCAGGAGCAGCCGCCUUGGCCGAGAGAGCUCCGGGCUAAAGGUGGAAAAGAACGGCGCUGUAGGGUUGAGGCCCCGAUGGCGCAGGCACAAGGCUGUCUGUAAAUCCGGGGUCUGCAGGCCUUGUGACUGAGGGAAGGCCCAGAGUGAUCCAUCAGCUCGGAUCAUUCUCCCCUUUUCCUGCCCUUACUGUCACCUCGGAUGGAGGUUUUUAAAGGGACGCUCCCCCUUUCCCGGCCGGGGAUGUAUUGUCUUUGAGUCUUCACUCCUCCUCCUCUCCAAUAUGGUGGCAGCUCAGUGAGAGUUUGGGUUUCACUAUGGGAGAAAGCGAUGCAGUUUUGCCUUUGUACUCGUCGCACCAUUAGUCUCACCAGUGAUGUUCUUGGGAUCAUUGAGUUGCCGCGUUUAUUCAGAUUUCAGCCAAACAAUAAAUCCUUUCAUACUAAAUUAUCAAUUAUGCAAAUUGAGUAUGACUAUGUUACUCAGUUUUCGUUCUCCUCCACCUCCCUCAAAAAAAUGAAAAUGAAGCGGCGACGGAACUGUAACAAUGAAGAAAACCAUUCUGUGCCACCACCGAAACGUCUCAGCAACAGUACAUUGUUGCAGGAUCUACCAAGAGACAGCUGGGACUGUGAGUCCUCAAGCAGUGACAGCAGCAGUAUAGUCAGUAGUCCUGACAGACCGAAUGGACACUUACCAGCUGAAGCCAAUACUAAAUCAGGCAACAGCUCGACUACGCUUCCGUUUUCUGAUUCGAGCGAACAGUCUGCACAAGGCCCGUACUUUCAAAUCAAUCAGAUCCUGAAGGAGGCACACUUCUAUAGCUUACAUCAGCGUGGACACCAAACGUGACCAGAAUGUGGGACUGUGUGCCUUCAAUGAAGGACAGGGACUGUAAAUGUAAUCUUUUGGAGUGGAUGUUUGUACUUAGAUGAUUUAAAUUGCACAAUCUUUUCCCUUUUUUUGCUCCAUUUGGUUAAAAGUUUAACAUCUCUUCACUUUUUAAAUGCCCUUGGACAAAUGUAAUAUCAAAAUUGUGCGGGCUAUAAUGGCACAACUGUAGCCUUGAUUGCUUCAUUUACCCCGUUUGGCACCAUUCUAAUUUACUAAUCUGUUCAUUAUGGAGUUCAUCUGCAAAUAAGCAAAGUCCUCCAGUGAUGUUGCAACAGGCGUUCUUGAAGAAACAAGAAGAAAGUGGCUAUUUUUCAAACACAGUAAGAUCAACUUGGUCUAAAAACGUUUUUGCAUUCCACUGAAUUUUAAGUGAUAUGUACCUGGAUUACGACCAGCUUGAGUAUCUUUUAAAAUGAUCUUAACUGUAUUAGGCUUACAACAGUUUCCUUGGUAUUUUACAACCAGUUUUUCUUUGAGACUCUAAUAUUACAAGCUGAAAAAUUCCACUUAUUGUGAAAUUGCAUUGCCAUUCAAAGACAGAAACAGAUACAGUAGUGGAAUUUCUAUAAUUAUUUGAGUAAAAAAUGAAUGCCUCUGCAGAUCUAGGCUCUAUAUUUGGAGUUUUUUAAAAAUCUGUCUUCAUUCCAAAAUUCAUUUAACUAAAAAUAUGUCAAAAAGGGUUGUGUUAAUCUAGAUUUCCGUACUCUUUUAUGUUGUGUUGGGUCUGCAUUUGAUACAAAUCUUAACUUGUACUAAACCUGAACAAUAUUGCUUAAAGGUUUUCUUUAAAUUAUGCCUCCAGUUAUAAGCAGAUUAUAGAUAUUUAUAUUUUGCCAGUUUCACAUGCAGAUGUGAUUAGUGUAAGACAUUCAGCCAUCAAGAGCUUCCUCAGUGACUAGCUAAGCCGCACAGACCAUAAAGGUUUCAGUUGUGAUCCCUGAUGUGCAUUGUUAAUUUUCUCAGAUGGGGCAACUGUAUAGAGAAUCUAUAUUGGAAAUGUCCAUGUGGGGACAGAUUCAGGCAAAAGCAGCACAAGGUUCAGUCACAGUGAUCCUUGUGUUGAAAUUAGUUGCUGACAACUAGAUGUGUCAGAGGAUGCCUUUGGAACUGUAUCCUACCUUGGAGUAACACUUCUAGGACAAUGUGAGAGUAGUCACAAAAGGAAAGAUAAACUUUUCUAUUUUUAAUUACUUUAUAUUGUUAUGAUUGGAUAAAAAAUUAACAGAUAUGACACAGUCAAUGACAUUCCUAAUUACUCAAACCUCAGGGUGCACAUGCCUGACUCUUGUUUUGGAAUGGGGUUGGGAAUUUGUUCUUUGUCAGGGAUUUUUUUAAAACUUAUUCUAGAGUCUGAAAUUAUAUUUUAUUUGUAAGCCUAAAGAUACCAAGUUUAACCUUCAGAAGUGAGUAUAAAAUUAUUGUAACUUGCAUUCAGUAAAAUCAAUGAGAUCAUUUGAAAUGCAAUCAAGAAUACAGUGUGGAAGCCCAUAGUACAUGAACAGAAUCUUUCAUAAAAUCUUCAAGGUAUGAGGCUGAAGACACUGUGCUUUUCUAAGCAACAACUGUUAAAUUUUUAUAUACCACUUGGACUGAAGAUCACGUUCAGUUUGGAGCACUGACAGGAUAAGAUUCCUGACAAUUUUCUCUUAAGUUGUCCAUUUCUAGCUGGUUGUGGAAGCAGCUUGGCUCUGCUAAAAUGUGUGUUCCUAUGACCAGUGAUUUGCUGAGAAAUAAAUCCCAUCAAUUUGAA